CGGCAGACCAGGCGGAUGCGUGCUGCAUGGCGAGUUGCGGGACGAAGGACAUGGCGGUCGGCGACGACGCGGGCGUGUUCUUCGAGCAGCGCAGGCCACCCACGAUCUGAUCACGUUUCUGCGCAUCUGAUAAAGCCCGAGUCACUUUUAUAUCCUAAUCCCAAUCCUAGUCAGACCGCGUACAAAACCCCUCACCCAAGCCCCAGCGCGCGUCGCACUCUCUCCUCGCUCUCCUCGAACUCGACGACGCCCAGCAGCAGCAGCAUGUCGGACUCCUUCCUUCAGGCGCUCGAGGCGCUCUCCAUCAAGCCCACCGCGCACGUCAACCACGCCGCGACGGCCUCCCCGCAGGAAUGGCGCGACGCCCUCGCACAGGACGCAUCCACCCCAGCGGGCUUCGAGCCCAUCAAGGUCCUCGUCUUCAAGCCCAAGACCGCGAAGACGGCCACACCCGUCCCCGUCGUCGUGAUCGCCCGUGAUCAGACGGAGACGAGCUCGUCCGCGCUCGGCAAGAAGCUCAACCUCAAGGAGCUUCGCCUCGCGUCCGAGGACCUCCUCAGCGAGUUUUUCGCGCUCGAUAAGAACUCUCUCUCCCCGCUUGCUAUCAACCAGAGCAUCUUCCCCAAAAUCGUGACUGUCCUUGACUCAUCGAUCGAGUCAUCCAACGCCCCCUUCGCUGUGCAUGCCCUCUCUUCCUCGGCCACCGUCUUCCUCACAGGGAAGGAAAUCGCAUCAUACAUCACGAGUCUCGAGAACGAGGAGACGAAAGUCCAGGUGAUCGACUUCGAGAGCCUGAAGAGCGACGGCGGCGUCGCCGCUGGCGUGACCGCCAAGCCGACUGUCAAGGAGAAGGAUGAUGCAAAGAUCGAGGGCGCCGUGCAGAUCGCUAUUGGUGUGCGGAAGGAUGGCGAUUUCUCCGCCUGGUAUCAGAACGUCCUGCUCAAGGCUGAUAUGCUGGAGUACUAUAACGUCAGUGGGUGCUACAUCCUGAAACCUUGGUCGUAUAGCAUCUGGGAGGAGAUUCAAGAGUGGUUCAACAAGAGGAUCAAGGCACUCGGCGUUCAGAACUCGUACUUCCCCAUGUUCGUCUCAUCCAAGGUCCUUGAACGAGAAAAGGACCACAUCGAGGGGUUCUCUCCUGAGGUCGCAUGGGUUACCAGAGCUGGAAACUCAGAACUGGAGGAGCCAAUUGCUAUCCGGCCGACGUCAGAGACGGUCAUGUACCCUUACUACGCCAAAUGGAUCAAGAGCCACCGCGAUCUGCCGCUGAAGCUGAACCAGUGGAACAGUGUCGUUCGCUGGGAGUUUAAACACCCUCAGCCGUUCCUGAGAACGCGUGAAUUCCUGUGGCAAGAAGGCCACACCGCCUUCCUGACCAAGGCCGAGUCAGACAAGGAAGUUAUGGACAUUCUCGAUCUGUACCGCCGCGUCUAUGAGGAGCUUCUGGCCGUCCCCGUGAUCCCAGGUGUCAAGUCUGAAAAGGAGAAGUUCGCUGGCGGUCUUUAUACCACUACCGUGGAGGGCUUCGUGCCGACGACGGGCCGGGGCAUCCAGGGUGGCACGUCGCACUCGCUCGGGCAGAACUUCUCCAGGCCGGAGAUGUUCAACAUCGUGGUCGAGGACCCGAACGACCCGACGGGCCAGGGCAAGACGUACGUCUGGCAGAACUCUUGGGGUCUCUCGACGCGGACGAUCGGCGUGAUGACGAUGAUCCAUGGCGAUGACCAGGGUCUCGUUCUCCCCCCGCGUGUCGCGUCUAUCCAGGUCGUCGUUGUGCCUUGCGGUAUUACGGCGAAGACGUCCGAUGCCGAUCGGGCUAAGAUUAAUGGUGCUUGCGAGGAGCUCGCGCAGACGCUCAUCAAGGCCGAUAUCAGGGCCAAGGCAGACCUUCGGGACGGUUAUACCCCCGGCUACAAGUUCAACGACUGGGAACAGAAGGGUGUCCCGCUCCGACUCGAGAUCGGACCCAACGAUCUUGCCAAGCAGCAGACUGUCGCCGUGCGCCGCCACUCGGGCGCUAAGACGCCGGUGCCUCUGGCUGACAUUGGCUCCACGGUGUCGGGUCUGUUGGAGACUGUGCAGAAGGACAUGUACACGAAGGCGAAGAAGGAAUACGACUCGCGCCUGAUCGAGGUCACGCGCUGGGAGGACGUGGUGCCCACGCUCAACAACAAGUGCGUCGCGGUGAUCCCGUGGUGCGAGGUCGAGGCGUGCGAGGACGACAUCAAGGAGCGGAGUGCGCAAGUUUCCGGUCCGACGGACGAGAGGGCUCCUUCAGCGGGCGCAAAGUCGCUGUGCAUUCCGUUCGACCAGGCACGUUGGACGCCCAUUGUGCCUGGGCAGACCAAGUGCCCGGCGUGUGGCCAGGACGCCAAACGGUGGACCAUGUUUGGUCGGUCUUACUAAGUGCGAGGCGCAAGCGUAAGAAAGUUAUGUUGAAAGAAGUACUAUAUUUCUUUAGGUUAGAAGUUCGAGGUUUCGUGCGGUAAUUACAUGUGUGCUUGUUCUUUUGGAGGAGAAUCAUAAUCCAGUUUGAU